CUCUCCCCCGCAUUGUUUCCUCCCACUGGAUCCCAGGCCUUCCGGAAAAAAACCAAAAAGCAGGGUGUGGAGGGACAGGGACCUUACAGCCUCCAGCCUGGCACCAGUGCAUAUCUUAUCAGCCAGCCUCUGCUUGGGCUCAGCAGCAGACCUGUCCGUGUGCACACGUCUUCUCUGGGCAGGUCCAACAGUUAUCAGCACUCCUUAUUGCCAGGACCCAUGAGCCAGGACAAACAGAGUAAGCAGGUACCGGAUUGCAGCGGACCAAUGUCCCCCAAAGCCAAGAAAUCCCCCAGGAUGCCCAAGUGCUCCCGCUGUAGAAAUCACGGAUACGUGUCUCCACUGAAGGGACACAAGCGCUUUUGCAACUGGAGGGACUGACAGUGUCCCAAAUGCAAACUGAUCGCGGAGAGACAGAGAGUCAUGGCGGCCCAGGUUGCCCUGAGGAGGCAGCAGGCCCAAGAAGAAGAGCUUGGGAUGUGUAGUCCAGUGUCUCUGUCCGGUUCUGAGAUGAUGGUCAAGAAUGAAGUUGGAGCAGACUGCCUGUUCUCUGUGGAGGGACGGUCCCCGACACCUACCAGCCACCCCACCUCUGCUGUCACAGGGACCCGCUCAGCAUCGUCCCCCAGCCCAUCAGCCGCUGCCAGGGCUCAUACCGAGGGACCGUCUGACCUCCUGCUGGAAACCCCCUAUUACAAUUUCUACCAGCCUUCGCGCUACCCCACCUACUAUGGAAACCUUUACAACUACCCGCAGUACCAGCAGAUGCCUCAUGGCGAUGGCCGCCUGCCCAGCCACAACGUGUCGUCUCAGUACCGCAUGCACUCCUACUACCCAGCAGCCACCUACCUGACUCAGGGCCUGGGCUCCACCACCUGUGUGCCACCCUUCUUUAGCCUGGAUGACAGCAAUAACAGCUGCUCUGAGACCAUGGCAGCCU